CUCAGCCAUUGCGACGUCAAUUCCGUCGAAAAACGCGUUUAAAGAUUUGAGUGCUGGUAUAAGAGCCAUUAAAGAGUGGAACUUCCCAGGGCUCUAGCUUUAAAACUACUACUCCUAUCGACUUCAAAAUUGAAUACAAUUUUCUAGAUGAGUUAUAGAAUUUAAAAAGAUAAAAAAAAAUUUGUUUGAAAGUCCCAAACCUAUGUAAUCCCUUAAUGAAAGGAUUAAGCAUAAGUAUUUACUCAGCAUAACUGUUUUCUGUUGCUAAGCAACCUAAUGAUGCAUUUAUGUACAGUCAAUUUUAAGUGGAAAGAGCAAAGAUUUUCUUUUCUUUUGCCUUAAGCAAAAUUAUUCCAAAUAUGAUUGAAAAUUUUGAAACAAAACCUUAAAUAAUUAUCGAAACUGCCAUAAUGACAAAAUUUACAAUGGAUAAAGUGUAAUGUUAGAAUAUUUAAUCUCUUAUAUUAUUUGAAAAUUUAUAUACUAAAACAAUAUCUGCUUGAAGUUUUAAUUGCAUCUUUCAUAAAAAUAAAAAUGACACGGCUUCACAACAGUGAUAUUAAUCUCAAAAGCAGUGUAUACAACUUGGCUGGAGAAAAUUAUUUUGAACAAUUAUCCGCAUAUAACUCAAUGCGAUUUCACAUACGUCGAGUUUUAUUAGCAAAAAGUGUUGUUGAUGCUCGAAAUAAAAAAUAUAUAAAUAAUAAGAAAAAAGAAUUAAAAGCACAACUUCCAAGGAAAUUCAGUUUGGAUAAUUUUAUUGAUCAAUUGGCUUUUGAUACCAAACAUCAUCCUAUGGAUAUGCUCAGGAUGAAUUUAGAUAAAUAUUCUUCACGUUACUCAGAGGAAGACAAUUGUGAAACAUAUCCAUAUAACAUAAGCGAUGUAGAUUAUUCACAAUUAGCAAUGCAAGCUGCUGAUACUGAAAGUAACAGUAAAAGUAAUUAUCAAAAUCGUUCAAUGUUAAAAUCUAAAAAAAAAGUAUCAGAUAUGAGCGAGAAUCGACCUAAAACUUCUGGAAAAAAAUACAUUAAAGGAUUGAAUUCGAAAAAACGUAUCGUUCACAGAAAAUGCAGGUGUGAUGAGAAACCAAUUUACUUUACCUGUGGAAAACCUUUUGAGUCACCUACAAAUCAUUAUCAUUCUGAUUCUGGUUCAAGUUCCAGUUCUAUAAUACAAGAAGAUUAUGCUUCUUCUGCCUUAUCAAGUCCAGUACAAAUGCAUACACGUAAGUAUGCAGAAAUUGAAGCAAAAGAGGAUGCAAGAUACGUUCAAUUUGCUUACGAGAUUACCAAAGAUAUUAUUAAAUAUGGUAUCUAUACCGAUAAGGAACUAAAUGAAAUAUUUAAAAAACAUUUACAACGACAUAGAACUACACUUGAUCUGAAUAAAAUGUUGAAAGAAAUAUAUCGAUUGAAAACUUUUUUAAAUGUGUCAGAAGAGUCUGAUGCAUCGGAUGAUGAUACAGAAUUUUUUAAUACGGAUCAAAUACAGUUACAUGAAGUCAGACCACCAACUCCACCAAAGGUACUAGAUGAGAACAAAGUAAUAGGAAAGUUGUUAUCUUACCAAAAAUUAAUGGAAACUCAAUGUAACAAAGAACCAAGAUCAAAAAAGUCAGUAGUUUUGAUUGAUGCAAAUCCAGAACUUCUCAUAACAGAGCGUGACAUACUUACAUCAUUAUUAGAAGUUGGCAUAGAUCCUAAACAAGCAGAAAAUAUUUGUAAGAGUUUACAUCAUAAGAGCAUGGAAACUGUUCUUGAUAAUAUGGUAGAAUUAAAAAUAAAAAAUACUAUUCCUCCUAAUAAAUCAGAAACUCUUCCUGAUAAUUUAAACAAUGUAGAACUUCAAAAAGAAAAUACAUUCAGUCCAGAAAACACGUUUCUUGAAGAUUUGAUAUCAGAAACUAAAAAUCAGAUUUUAGAAAACGAGAACAAGAGCUCAAUCACAGAUGAUCUUUCAUCAAAACAGGAUGAAAUGAUACAAACACCGCGAAGCCCAGUAACUCUACACAAUGAUAAUUAUACAGAGCCCAAACAGAGCAGCUGAUAAUAUUUGUUACUCUGUAUAUAGUUAACAAAUAAGUUUAUGUUUUUGUGGUGUAAAAUAUAUUGAUAUUGUGUUAAUUGUAUAUACAUUAAUUAUAUUAGUGUAUGUAACAAGUAAUUAUAAAAUUAUAAAUAAAAUUUAUAUGCACAAGAAUGUGCUCGACAUUUUUGCAAUUACACCAAGAAGAGAACAUACCAUUGAAUGUUGCGGAUGAAGUCAUUCAAACAGAAAUACAAAUAAAUGUUGGUUCAAGAAUAAAAAUGAACAAAUUAGGAGGAGUACAGGCUACAGAAGAGUACAAAGAAAAGAAAUGUAUAAAUGAAAAUAUGGAGGUUCCAAGCAUUCCUCCAACAGAUAUCCUCCCAUGGAGUCAUGACAAAACAGCUGAAAUUAAAGCCCAUGCAUUGAAUGUUAUAGAAAAAUCAGCAGAAAAAUUGGAUUAUAAAUAUCGAAUACCAAUAAUUAAAUCAACACAAAAGUUUCUUUCGUCACAAAAAAUAAAGAAAAAUUCAAACGAUUCUCGCAUAAGUGAUAAGACAAAGUCAACAGCGCAAACAAAAAAAUUAAAGAAAGAAAAGAUUCCAAAGAGAUCUGGAUCUUCAAGAACUGUUGAUAAUAAGUCAAUCAAAAGUAUCUCUAUUAAACCAAAAAGAGAUGUACUGAAAAAAAAAGAUAGAGAAUUAAAAAAAUUAGUAGCAAUUUCUCGCAAAACAAAGACUCCAUCUAUUUUUGAAGCAAAAGAAAAAAUUAAUGAACCAAUUCGAAAUAUCAGUAUUACAAAAUUGGAUAUGGAUAAAAGGAAAUCUCCCAGAUGUAUUACUCGAAUAGAUAUAACAGAUAAAAUCGAUACAAUAAUACAACAAGAAAAUAAAGAGGGACAAAAUAAAAUAGAAAUGAAUGUGUCCAAAUUAAUUGGAUAUGGAUCAACAAUUAAUAAGGAAAUAGAAACUUUUUUAAGUGAAACCAAUAAGAAUGAUAGAAAAAAUUAUAACGUAAAUGACGUAAAAAAAUAAAAACAUCUUUAUAAAUUGCUAUCGUCCAUAAUAUAAAUGGUAUAUAUAUAUUCCAUUAAUGUUCAAUCUUUUUAGAUUUUUGUAAAUGUUAAGGAUUAUUUGAUAUUUACAUAAAAAGAUACAUUUAUAUCAUUACAUACACAUUUAUUCUUCUAUAUUAUAAGUGUUAUAUUACAGAGAUUCCCAUUAUUUCGAGAAUAUCGUGAAACUUGUUUUUCUUUAUUUUUCCUCUUUUUUUCAAAAAAAUAAAAUAUAUAGUAAAAAAUAUAUGUCCUGUUUUGUGUAUAUAUACACAUACAUAGUUUAUCUACACGUAAUUACAUGAUGCACGUAUAAAUUGUGCAAGUCCGAACAAGUUCGCACAGUUAAAUUACUGUGAAACACGAGUAUACUAAAAUAUUUUAUUAUAUUGCAUUGCAAAUAAAUUUUGUAUAAUAGUCUAUUUGUAUCUAUCUGGAAUAAGACUCACUUACUCCUUCCCAUUACCAUACUCAGGUUUUUCCCCCCAAGUUCAUAACUAAGUAGGUCUAUUUGUGCACUGUGCUUUGUACAUUCGUUACGUCUCUUUUUUUCUCAGAGAACUCGAGAUAAAAGUACUUAAGUAUCAUAAUAUAAAAUACAAUUUUUAACUAAAUUAUUCAUUGUAGAUAUUUAAUAAUGCUUAACAGAUAAAAAUGGUAACCAUAAAAGAAAAGAAUAAAGGCAGUAUUUAUCAAAAUACUCUAAAGAAAAAUAAAACAAGAUCUGUGAUAUUCAAUAUAUGCUAAUCAAUCAAGCUAAUGAGUUAUUUGCAAUAUCUAACACAAACUUGGUUAGCUACCGAAAAUAUAACAAGUCACUUUUGAGAUG